UUGGCCACUGAUCAUCAUAUAGUUGGCAAAUCAUUCUCAUUCCAUUCUUCACAAUUAUUUAUACCAGUCAGGGUUGCGCAAUUAGCUCAUCAUCAUCCACACUGCACAUCACCAAUCACCCAAUCGUCAGUCAGCAGGGCACAGUGCAGCACUCUUCUCAGAUAUCAUUUCUUACCACGACCAAAGAUACUCGAUAUUCAGCACAGAAUUCAACUUCCCAACUCCUCCGGACUUGGCUGGUAUUUAAGGAAGUGUAAAGCAUCUGCUGCUACUGGAGGGCAGGGAUAUUCAAAAGAUUUAUCAGAAGGAGGGAUCAGAUACACUUUAAAUAUAUUGGUAUAUUAUUUGCACGAUGGACGAGAAAUAUCAGGCUAACCACAAGAAUGAUGAUGGCAAGGGGAAAAAGCUGUCAAUUACUGGCGAUGGUGAGGGUCACGCCAUUCAAAUCGUGUUGGCGGAUGAGGAGCACAACUUUGAACUUGACGAGGACGCCCUGGCCAGUGUCCUUCUGCAGGAUGACAUCAAAGACCUUCCAGUUGCUGUUGUUUCCAUUGCGGGAGCUUUUCGGAAGGGAAAAUCCUUCAUGCUUGACUUCUUUUUAAGAUACAUGCAUGAUCGGGAUAACAAAAACUGGUUGGGCAAGGAUGAUUCCCCACUUGAAGGAUUUUCUUGGCGUGGAGGUGCAGAACGAGACACGACGGGGAUUCUAUUAUGGUCAGAGGUGUUCAAAGUUAGUCUACCUUCCGGGGAAAAGAUUGCUGUUCUUUUAAUGGAUACUCAAGGCGCAUUUGACUCCCAAAGCACAGUAAAGGAUUGUGCAACCAUAUUUGCUCUGAGCACAAUGACGAGUUCAGUUCAGCUGUACAACUUGUCUCAAAAUAUUCAAGAGGACGACCUCCAACACCUCCAGUUAUUCACCGAAUAUGGGAGAUUGGCCCUUGAAGAUUGUUCUGCUACACCCUUUCAAAAACUUACCUUCCUCGUGAGGGACUGGAGCUAUCCGUACGAAGCACCAUACGGAGUUGAGGGUGGAAACAAAAUUUUGGAGAGGAGACUAGAGGUGUCGGAUAAACAACAUCACGAACUUCAAUCUUUGAGGAAGCAUAUAAAAUCUUGCUUCCAAGAAAUUGGUUGCUUUCUUAUGCCUCAUCCGGGAUUAAAGGUGGCCACAAAUCCAAACUUUGAUGGGAGGCUUAGUGAUAUUGAGACGGAUUUCCGGGCUCAGCUGGCCGAACUUGUCCCUCUCGUUCUUCACCCAAAGAAUUUGGUUGUGAAACGUAUCGGAGGGAACGAGGUGAAAGCGAAAGAACUUUUGCACUAUUUCAAAGCCUAUACAGCCAUCUACAAGGGCAAUGAGCUUCCAGAACCCAAGUCCAUGUUGGAGGCAACGGCCGAGGCCAAUAACUUGUCCGCCGUCGCGAACGCCAAGGACCUCUACUCCAGUUCAAUGGAGGAGAUCUGUGGAGGCAAUAAGCCCUUCAUGUCCACCGCCAGGAUUGAGGCCGAGCACGACAGGGUCAAGGGAAAGGCGAUGGAGUUAUUUGGAUCAAGGAGGAAAAUGGGUGGGGAUGACUUUUCAACUAGAUACCGAGACACCCUACUCAAGGAAAUUGAAGAUCUAUUUGUUCAUUUCCGAGCACAAAAUGAGUCCAAAAAUAUAUUCAAGAGUGCCCGAACACCUGCUACACUCUUUACAAUUGCAGCUAUUUUUUAUGUUUUAUCCGGAGUUUUUGGACUCUUUGGAAUGUACUCGUUCGCAAAUAUGUUCAACUUAAUGAUGGGAGUUACUCUGUUGACAUUAGGGAUUUGGGCAUAUGUUCGGUACAGCGGCGAAAUGCGAGAUAUCGGAAGUCAUAUUGAUACUGCCGCUUCCGUAGUUUGGGAAUAUGCGUUUAAACCCAUAUUUGCCCAAGCCGUAUCGAAAGGAUUUGAGUCGGCCACCCAAGAAAUGCUCUCUGAGAAUGGAAUAUUUUCUCCCAAAGUUAAGGCCACCUAACCUCUUGAAGCCAAAACAUUCCCCGCCCUCUGACGUUUCGAAACGUCUCAAAAUAUUAUAUAUACAUAUAAAUAUGUAACAAUUACUACUACAUAAUACUACUACCGACCUUCUUGCAUGGAUGGGGGGUGCCAUAUGUAAAGUUUUCUCAACAACAUGACCACAUCCAGCACCGUAUUCUUCAUUAUUUUAUCUUCAAAAAUUGAACACCGUAUUAUUCUAAUUAACCAGAAUCUUGAUAUUUAAUUCUGGCUCGCGUUGUCGUAUCAUAUCGCAUGCAGCAUCAAACCAAACCAAACCUUGAUCGAGAUUUAUAAGAUUUACUGCUAGAAUUGUAAAUAGAACAACAAUAUAGUAUUCGAUUCAACCGGAAGUAGACAAGCAGAAAUAAUGGUUAUCAUUAUAUAUUGUACUUAAACGUCCCUCAGGUCUUGGCAACACCGUGUGUGGAAGGACAUCUGCCAAAAAAACUCAUAUGUUAAUCGCUCCUACCUUAGCAUUAUAUUUUUGUCUCGUCAAUUUAACAGAAUAAUAACAACACUACCCACUUCAUGACUUCAUUCAAUAAAAUUAAUAAUAAUGUAAGCCGUGCCUUGAUAAACUAUUCUCUACAGAGUUGUGUGUAAUUGUACGGGUGGUUUAAUUAACGAUUAAUUAUUUAAUUAUAAAUAACAUGUCUGUGUGCAAUGUAUGAAAAAGUUAGUGUGAAUUAUAUUAAGAGCUUGUUAUUGUCUGUUGUGUUGGCAGGACAUAUGUACAUACGUAAUGGGAAUGAACGACGAUGGAGGUUUGACAUUAUUCAUUCGGUCUCAGUUACGUGUUUUAAUUAAUUAGAGCUCAUAUGUCGUGGUAUAUAUGCUCUGCACACUCUAAUAAUAUAUGCCUACACGUAUACUUAUUUGGUGGUGAUGGGUUUCAGAAUUUACUAAAAGUGUUUUAUGUCUGUGAUAAUUUACGGAUGAUGGCAAAAAUAACAAUAAAUACAAAAAGAGACGAAUAAUA